AUGACAUUGCGGGAGAGCACAGGGCCUCAGCAGGCACGGUACUCUAGGAAACGAAAUGGGAGGGGAUACCUCUUUCAGAAAGGUCAUUGGGACUCUGGGAGCUCCUGCAUUUCCUCUCGUUUUUCUAGGGAGACAUGCAGACAAGAGCCAGGGCUAGCUAGCAAGUAGCUUGGCUGCCUCUCCAGGCUGGCUGCCCCCACCCCGAGGAGAAGGAUGAAGCGACAGGCAUUUUGGACAGGGUUGGAGUAUUUCUGUCGGUUCUUGGGCAUCUCCACGGCAGCAGUGCUAAUCGGUGUGGGCGUUGAAACUUUACUCCAAGGACAAUUCAAAAGCCUGGCUUUCUAUCUUCUGUUUUCGGGGGCUGCAGUCUCCAUAUGUGAAGGGUCCUACUUUGUAGCUAAGCUGCUUUCACUCUGCUUCAGGUGUCAACCAGAAUCUCUGGCCUAUGUCUUGUGGGAAAAGGCCUGUAAACUGGGCUGCUUCCAGAAAUUCCUAGGCUAUGUGCUGCUUUCUGUCGCCUGCUUUCUGCACCCAGUGCUGGUCUGGCAUGUGACCAUCCCAGGGUCUAUGCUAAUCAUCACUGGCCUGGCAUAUUUCCUCCUGAGUAAACGUAAGAAAAAUAAAACUAGCUGCACCCCAGAGAGCUAUACAGAUCCCUCUGCUAGUGCUGUGAAUACUACAGGCUAUGGCAAUACUGAGCAGACUUAUACUUUUCACACCUCCUUCAGGGAAGAGCCAACCUCCCUCUUUGGUCGCAUGAAAACUAUUUUGAAGGGGAACAAAAAGUCUCCCCCCGCCAGACCCCCAGACACAUUGAUGGAGCUGGUUCUGGAGCCAUCUGAUUUGUUGCCUGGAAAGAAGCAGGUGCAUUUCGAAGAGAAAGUGGUCAAAAUCAUCCCUUCUAUCACGGAGAACCUGGAUGACAGGGACAGUGACCCAGAGGAAACCACUUCUGACACUGUACCCAUCAUUCCCCCUCCAGAGGCUCCUCUCCUUAUGUCUUCCCUUGCAUUCACAGGUUUGUUUUGAAAAGCAUUUAAAGAUCUUCCAGUAAUCAUCAUAGUGGGCCUGAAAGGGGACCCAUUCCUUAGGGGGUUCCCAAAGAAUCUUUCUAGCCUCAAGCUGUCACCCCUCUAAGAGCCUUUGAGUUUCAAAGACUCUCCAAGGAAUUCAUGAAACCUAAUAUGGAUUUGAGUUUCAAGAGUCCCCCAGGAGUUCAUAGAAUCUUCAAUGAAGAUGCUACAAAAUGACAUAGUAACCCCUAAUGUGUAGAACAAUAUUUCUUCUGUCUCCAAGAAUUUUAUAUUCUAGGUUUUGGGUUUUGCUUUCAUUUUUUCAAGAGAAGCCCUUCAUACCCAUAUCAUAGAAAAGGGUAUUGCACAGAAUGAUAUUGUUUCUGCAGAGGGACUGCUAGACUGGGCCUAGAGACUGAUUUGCCAAUGAACUACCUUGCUGUAUCCCACCUUUUUUUUAUCUGUGCAGUGUGCACAGCCCUGUCUGUUACCUUGUGUCCACUGAUCAAGACGAUAUUCAAUCCCUCUGUCAAGGGAAGCCCCCAUAUUGGUCAUCCAAGAUCAUUUGUCUCAGCUAUAAUUAAUCAGGGAGUCUAUGUGCCUUUAAAACAGCACAGAAGACAUAUGAUCUUGUUGAAUUUAGAAUCCAUAUUUAUUAGGUAUCUCCUGUGUUCUUCGAUGCCACAAAACAAUAUAAAGAAAAUAUCAUAAAAGUUUCCUUUUGUAAGUUGGCCAGCAGAUGAUGAAUUUUAUUGGCUUUGAUGGCUCAAGAAAAGAACAAGCCUCAAUAAUUAGUUUUAAAUGGGGGGGGGGGGGGUAGGGGAAGGGAAUCUGAGUGAGAGAAUGAGAAUUCCAUAACAAUUCUCAGGUAACUUCCUCCGCAGUUAUUCUGAGAAUAUUUUUCUAGUUUCCAAAGAGGUAUGGGAACUCAGUAAAUCUAAGAGGAACAAAAAGCAUUGGGAACUCAUUGUUUGGGAUGUCAUGACACAGAACAUGAAUUCUAAGCAUAUUGAACAAGCAAAGUUCAACACACAGAGAGACUCUACAGAAGCUCUUUGCAGAGGGGCCUCUGGGAGGCUUAAGGAUUGAGCUUCACCUCGGAGGUCAUUUCUGAUGCUAGCUUUCGAUGAUUCUGUGAUAAGUCUCUUCCUCCUAUAAGAAUCCUUUGCCUUACUAGCAAAUCCUGGAUUAGAGGACAAAGCUGACAUUAAUAAAUAUUCAUAAGGAAAUAAAAGAUUGAGUCUUUCAUGAGUUCACAUCAGCCCAGAGAAUUAACCCCAUUGAUUAACAAUGCAUUGCAGCUAGGUAGCCCAGGGGAUAGAGCACUGGCCCUGGAAUCUGAAGCUUUUGAGUUCACAUAUAGCCUCAGGUAGCUAUUAGCCGUGAUACCAGGCCUAUACCCAUCUCUUGCCCCCCAAAAUAAAUAAAUAAAUAAGUAACGAUU